AUGCCUUCAGCAGGCAACACUAGCCUCCCUUUCUCUCCCGCCGAGCUCUCAUACCUCCAUUCCUCCUUCUCAUCAAUACCGCCAAUCCGCUCGGACUCGCGCUCUUCAACAGACUUCCGAGCCCUCAGCGCCGAGACAGGCGUUCUCCCGCUCACAAAUGGCAGUGCCCACGUCAGUUUCAGCGACGGCAGUGAAGCCAUAGUAGGUGUCAAGCUCGAGAUCGAAAAGACAACUUCCCUGGCUCCUACCACCGAUUCUGCUCCGGGGCCAAACGAGAGCGGAUUCAUCAGCAAAACAUCGCCCAAAUGGAUAUCGUUGUCUCUGACACUACCAUCUCUACGAGAUGAUGAUCCUUCGCUUAUCUACCUGGAGGAGAUGCUGCGGGAGCCGCUGAUGCAUACUUCCCUCGCCUCAAAGCUCAUCAUCAAUUCUCGCUUCCACUGGCACAUCUACAUCGACGUACUCCUCAUCUCGCCGCACGGACUGUCAGCCUAUCCGCUUCCGUUGCUGAGUAUGGCGACCCAUCUCGCACUACGGGAAACCAGGACCCCACGAUUGAAGAGCGAAGGCGAAGAGGAUCCGAUUGCGGAUGACGACUGGAUGGCCAGCACUCACCUGUACCCGAGCAACAGCGCAGAACGACCACCUGUGACACUGCUAGUGGCGGCUGUUGGCGACAACGUCUUGUUUGAUCCAAGCCAUGAGGAGCUGAAAGUCGCGGAUGCGAUAAUUGCUAUUAGCGUCGGGCAGGAGGGGAGUGAAGAGGGCUGGAAGAUAUUAGCAACAAGAAUGAUUGACACACCAGCGCGCGAUACGAUGAAGGGAGUUCCGAAGGAUGGCGAGCCGGAUCAGCAGAUGACGAUGGAGGUGCAGGGCGUUUGGCGGCCAAAGGUGGGAGGCAUUAAGAGGAAUGUUCUGAAGAACAUCGUUAAGUUGGUACUCAGUGGAGGAGUGGCGCAGGAUGUGAUGCGAGGCUUGGAUAAAUUCGCCGUGAAAGAGGCAACUUCAUGA